CCGGUAGUUAGGGCUGUGGGCAUUUUUAGGGUUCUUCGCGUAGGGUUUUACGAGCGAGAUGGGCAAGGCGACGUUCAUGAAGGGGAAAAUGCUGGCCAAGGCGCUGCAGGCCGUGGAGGCGGGAUGGAUCCCCGAGCAGGUCUGGAUGAAGGCCGCGCGCAGAAUGCAAGAAGAGCCUCUGGUGACCAAGAAGACGAAGAAGGAGCGGCAGCCAGAGGAUGCGUUUAUAGAAUCGUUCCUCACGCGGCAUCCAGAGUCGGAAUUUAUAGCUCUCGACGUUACUUCUAGCGAUCACCCCGCGUCUCUUUUUGCUUCCCGGCAGAUGGAAGUGAUGAAGGCAUUCGGAUUGAAGAGGAAUCCAUGGCACAAGCGGCUGGCUCGCGAAAUUGUCGAAGCCGAAUUGACGCUCCAGGAGAGGCUGCGCGAUCAAUGCCUGAGCGAGGAGAGGAUCAAAGCGUUCCAAGAAGGGCGGAGGGGUCCUCCCGUGAAGAAAACCGCGCUCCAAAAGGCCCACGAGGAGGCACUGCGCCAUCACCUCGCCGGCAUGAAGAAGAUGAAGCGCCAAUACGAGGCUGGCUCGGUGGAUUGCACGGUCCCAUUCAAGGACGCGUUCGCAGAGGCUAAAAGAUGGGACGAGCGCGACCAAGGUGGAAUGUGGAGUGAUGCUUUCUCCCAAGGCCCGGGAAGGAGAAUCUGAGCAAAGUACUGGGAGGAUAUUCUUGCAAACCCGCACGAAUAUGCCGCCAGUGUUUUAAAAUUGAAGGAGCGAGCUAUAGUAAGGGGUCUAGUAAAUGGAAGCGUAGUAAAUUUGACGAGCUAGCUACGCUCGGUGUUGCAUUGAUCGAAGGACAGCCCGAUGCGGGGUAUAUCCCUACAUCCACUAGGCAAUUAACCGUCCACUUUUUUACCACGCCGGCAGUAGUUACUAACUGUAAA